UGCAAAGCCAUAAUAACAAACUGCAACACAACGUGCGAAAACAAUGUGUUCUUGCUCAUGCUUAAGAAUUGUAACUCGAGUAAAACAAUGGCAUUAACAAUGGCCAAUUUGAACUUUAAACAGCUUAUUUAAAAACAAAAGCAACUAGAGAAAGAAUAGAGCUUUUUAGUGCCACGUAAGCAACGCCAGCACCAUGGACAUUGAUCCUUCGUCCCUAGACAUGGAUUUAAUCUCCAGCGCUAUGGGCGACGACAUGGACUUGUUUAAGGAGGAGGACGCGCUCAAUAUUAUUAAAGAUAUGGUAUCAUCAGACAUGCUAGACAACUUUUUAAAUGAAAUGGAUUUGAAUCAGGCGCAAUACAAUGAUGAUAUGUUGCAAAUGAAUGAGUCGCCGCCGCUUCUCGAGUGCACCAUGGACAUGCAUCAACAGCAAUCUCCACCAAUGUCACCGCAACAACAGGUGCAACAAAAGCAUCCACUCAUAAAAAACGAGCAGGCAGCUCACCAUGCAUCGCAACCGUUAAUUAAAGAGGAGCCCCUACAAUUGCUCCAUAACAACAACAGUCCUAUGCAUGGCAGCAUGCAUUCGCCUAUCUUUAAAACGGACCCCCUCAUUGCUUCAAAUUUUAAUUUGUACAGUGGAGAGCAACAAGGUCAACUUCUUAAGCCUCAGCCCACAACCACCAUUCACCACCAUAUGGAUGGUAAUCGUUUAUUGCAACAUACCCCGAACGCAGCGCCUGCCACUAUUCUCUAUACGCCGACAGGAACAAACCCGUUUGCCUAUCAAGUAACUGGAACCGCAGCCGCGCAGACUUCGCCAUCAUCAUCACCAUCUCCACCGUUGGCUGAGCAGCCAGCGCAAACGACGCCACCACCCACGCCAGUACAAAAGACACAUCAGGCCCAACGGAUCCCACACUACCCAAAGAAGAUUCACACCAUACCAGCGACGUUACAAUACACUCCGCCACAGACGCAGCCCUUCAUCAUACAAUCAAAUCCUGCCACGACGUUGAUGUACACCACGAGUGCAACAACCGUGAAUGGAGCGACCAUUUUGACAGCUGCACCCAUACCCGUGGUGCUGGACACCGCAGCAGCUGCAGCACCAGUUGGAAAAGCGCCCAUAAGCAGCAGCAAGACAAUUGAAGCGGCCGCACCCGCAGCUAAUGUCAAUGCCAACAAAGUGCCCAUCAAUCGCGUGCAACCCAAGGUCAAGGAGGUCAAGCGCUCCGCUCACAACGCCAUUGAGCGUCGCUAUCGCACUUCGAUCAACGACAAGAUCACAGAGUUGAAGAAUCUAGUCGUCGGUGAGGCAGCCAAGCUUAACAAAUCAGCAGUGUUGCGCAAAUCUAUUGACAAGAUACGUGACUUGCAACGUCAGAACUAUGAGCUCAAAGGUGAACUGCAGCGCCUACAGGGCGAGCUGAUGGCACGCGAUGGGUCCAAGGUUAAGGAUCUAUUGCAAUUGAGCAGUACUUCAAAUGUUUCGGGGAAAAAACGUCGCCAGCAAUCACUGGCUUCCGAUGUGGAUGGCGGUGGCAGUGCUGUCUAUGGCUUAACGCCACCUCGCAGCGAUAUUUCAGAUCCUUCGCUAUCGCCAGUGCAUUCGGACAUCUCGAUGCCACCCUCCCCAUAUGGUGGCUCAACAGCUAGUUGCAGCAGCAAAGACGAGACAGUGGUCGCUGUUCCCAGCUCUAUGCGCGGCAUGGCCACACAUUCGCGUCUUGCGCUCUGCAUGUUCAUGUUCGCCGUACUGGCAGUGAAUCCCUUCAAGUCGCUGCUCCAGCGAAGCUCAUAUGAUAAAUACGAAACUGUAGACGAGCUUAGUGGUCAGCGACGUAUUUUGUCUUAUGAGACAGAUGCUGAAGGCGGUUGGCAGCAGACUUCAUCCUCUUUACUUCUAUGGCUUUUGAAUAUAUUCCUUAUGCUGGGAUGCAUGGUGAAGCUGCUUGUCUAUGGAGAUCCAUUACUUGGAGCAGAAACGCACGGCUCCUAUGCUAAUGCUGAGACCUACUUUGCCCAGGGCCAGGCGACGCAAGCCUAUGCCAGCUAUCUGAAUUGCUUGCAGCUCUACGGCAUUAGCUUGCCGAGCACGCGUUUCGAGAACUUUAUGCUGACUGCUUGGCAGUUUCUACGCUUUCUCUUUCAUCGACUUUGGGUGGGACGUGUACUGUCGCGCAAGGCAGGUGGUCUUUUCUGCAGCGCUAUGCAACGGAAGCGAGCUUUGGCAUCGGCUCGAGAACUGGCUCUAAUAUUUAAUCGACUCAAUCAACUCCACUUAACUGGCAACCGGAAAGACGGCCAAGGCACCAUGUUGACUCUUUAUGCUUGCAAUAUGGCCGAAGUGGCACACACUUUGCUCACGCCCCGCGAAAUCAUGAGUAUCUACAUGACGGCAGCGCUGCGAAUGAAAAAGAGCUCGCCCAAGUGGCUGCAAUUGUGUGCGCGUUAUUACAUGAGUCGGGCGCGUCAGGAGUGCGCAAAGGCGCGUGGAAGCGAGCAGACCCAGGACCUCUGUUGGGCCUUUAGCUCUUACGGCUAUCGCUAUUGUAGUACUCACAUUUUUGCCUAUGAACAUGUGACGCCGGGCAACAUCGAGGAAGACUUUUUCACGAAGCUACAAAAUCCCUGCGACCCCACGUCCCAUGUAGUGAAGCAAUAUCGAGAGCAUCUCUUGUACAGGGCUAUACAAUGUCUGGUAGGUGCUGGCCACAAACCCAGCUCCGCUAAGAGUAGCAGCAGUGCCACUAACGGCGGGAACGGUGGCGAGUCCGAACAGACACAACACAGUGGCACCAUAGUGAGCAACGUUCUUAAAUACACAUCGCUCCUCCGGGACACCCUUCACAACGAUGAACGCGAUACUAAUGUGGGCUGGUGGGCCAGUAUCCUAGAGAUUGCCGUACACUGGUUGUUGGGCGAGGAUACUCUAGCCGAACAGUUAUAUGACAACAUCAAGCACCUUCCUCCACAGUUGCAGCAAUGUAGCGAUAAUAUGCCAAAGGCAUUACAUGCCGUCCUGCGAGCCAAGAUGAUUUUGUUGAUGAAUAACGGCAACACUCUGGAUAAACGUCUGAAACAAUCUAUAAACAGCAUAUGUGCCGAAUCUAGCACACAGUUACAGGAAUCUUUAACCAUCAAUCGCAUAACCAAUGCCAAGGGCAUCAAGUUGCUUUUUCAGCUUCUCACCUGCGAUUGGUUGCUGGAAACGCGCACAGCGCUAUGGGAGCUUGAACAUAUGAGUGUGGAGGAUGACGGUUACUACCAAGUGCCUGGCGAUGUGCUUGAAGAAUUUCAAAUCGAUUUAAAUUCUCUUCGCAGUAUUGUCGAGAACAUACCGAAUGCACACUCGCGGAUUUAUCUGUAUGAAGCCGUUUGUCGUCUAAUGGCCGGCGCCUCCCCAUGCCACACCCAACAGCUGCUGGACAGAAGCCUUCGUUCCCGUUACGCACAUUCUUCGAUCUUUUGUGGCAGCAAAGAUCGCCGACAUCCAAACUUUGAGGGUGGUGAGCGUGAACGUGCGGCAGCCAUGUAUGUGGCAUGUAAAUAUUUGCCAGCCGCGUUACUGAGCUCGCCCGGAGAACGUGCGGGCAUGCUCGCGGAGGCCGCUAAGACACUGGAAAAGGUCGGCGACAAGCGCAAGUUAAAAGAGUGUUACCAACUGAUGAAAUCCCUGGGAAGUGGUGGUUGCACCGUUAAAGCUUAGAUUGAAGCCUUAGAAUUAAAGUAACAACUGAUAUUUAAGAAAAGUCGUAGAUUAAAAGCAGCAAUCCAUUAGAAAGAAACGCAAGUAGAAACUAAACCCAGUUAGUUGAAUUAUGUUAAAAUAAACAUUCAGGUCGCGCAAACCGUGGACAAUUUAAAUUCUGCCCAGUUCUACGCUGUGUACGGGAGAUUAAACAUCGAUCAAAUGUGAAGCAGAAUGCUACGGCAUGACUUUGACUCAAAGGCCUUCUGAAUUGUUAAAUAACUGCUGGAUAAAAUCUGCUUUGGCUUAUACUAAAAUUUUGUUUACUUUGUCAUUUAUAGUGCUUAUGGAAAUAUGUAUGUAUCUUUAAACACACUUAAUUUAUAACGAACACCUAUUCAUGUAUGACAAUAUGUUUAAACAGAUUAAAUAAUUACGAUAGUGGUUA